CGGGCUCGGAAUCCUUGUAAUGCAAUGGGGAAAUAACUUUCAUAUCAUCAUCAUUGAGGAAGUAGACGACUAUGAGGAAAUAAGGAGGCCUGACCUAUGUGUAGUGGCCGUAGAGUCACCUUGGCCUUUGCAUAAACAUGCCACCAAUCGUAGUGUUACCGGACUUGGACGUCACUAAAGAGGUCAAUGAAAAUGACGGCCAUGUGGAAAUGGACUUCCUUAUGCCAAAUGGCAUUUUCAUACCAAUCCGAGUGGAUUUUUACGAUUCCAUAGAGAACAUGAAAUUGAAACUAUGGAAGGAGGCAGAAAACUAUCCUUUGUUUAAAAAUUUAAAGAGAAUGGAGAAUUAUUGCUUCACAUACAUCAAUCAACAGGGGCAAAAGGAUGAUAUUGUGGAUGAGGACAUGUGCCUGAAUGAAUUCAAACUAGCAGCCCGGUUCCUGAAAUUGGUUGAAAAACAGGCAGACAACAAAACCAGGACCCUGAGUCGCAGUACAAACAAUCUAAUCGGCAUGAAAGGUCAACAAUGCAUUGAUCAUCAAGCACAAGUUUCCCCUGACAUCACAGAUUUUCGAAAGACCAUGUCUUCUUACUGCAAAGAUAUUGUGAACCGAAGAAACCAGGAUCUGUCAGGAUUUUUGAGGUUUCAAUACAAACAUCCAGUAGGGAUCCUGAACCAUUCAGUUUUGCCUGAUUACAUUCAGCGCCAGUUAAAUGGAGGAAUGGUUCUAAGUGUUCAUAUUGAGGAAACUGGGGUGAUUUACACAAUGAGGAUUGAGGCAGAUAAAAUUCCUAGUGACUUGAUAGCCAUGACAUUGGAGAAAUGGAAGAAUAACACAGGCAACCAUAGCUUGAAGGUCACAGAUUACAUCCUCAAGGUCAUUGGGAUGGAGGACUACCUGUAUGGGGAAUAUCCACUGAGAACGUUUAAGUAUAUAUUCCGGUGUCUGCUGAGGAACAUUGCUCCAGCACUGUGGCUCAGGCUCAAAAGCAAAGUCAUGGAGAAAACUGUAUCUGAUUCUAAACCCAACCUGGGUCGUCCCCACCCAGAUAGGCCAUCAAAGCAGAGCAUAAGGGGUCGGAACAGUAUUACAUCCUGGGACAUCCACGUCAACUUCAAACUGACCGUCAACAAAGUCUCCAAAAUCAUUGUGGAUGACAACAGCAAGGUGAGGCUCUUUGUGGGGUUGUUCCAUGGCCCAGAGACCCUCAGGCUAGAGCACACAAAAGAUGCAAUUGUUUAUGAGGGGGCAGUCAGCUGGAAGAAGGAGGUGGAGUUUGAUAUAAAAGUGGAAGAUAUUCCCCGAGACUGUCGGCUCUGCUUUGCUCUUCACAUUAAGAAAAACAAGGAAUAUUCAAUAUUGACGUGGGCCAAUAUCCCAGCAUUUGACUUCAAGUCCCGACUCCUGAAAGGAAACUACCGGCUGCACAUGUGGCCCCGUCAGGAACACAUGGAGUUGUAUGAUUCCUGUAAUCCCAUUGGUACCGUGGCCAUGAAUCCUCAGGUUGAUCAUUCGACUACGCUGGAGUUUACAGUUCCAGACUUUAACAUUCAGUCACACAUUAUGUAUCCUCAACAUGAAAAGGUUUUGCAGUGUGCCAGUGAGAACAUGGAGGAGAAAGGAAAACCUGGGUCUCCUAAUUGGCACCCCAGUAAAACUCACAUUAUUCAGUUUGAGGAAGUGAUGGAUGAUGACAAGAGUGGAAAUCGUCAGUUGGCUGAGCAGGAGAAGAGUCUGAUCUGGAUGAUGCGAUACGAAAUCCGUGACAAUUAUGACCAUGCACUGCCACUUCUCCUGAAUGCUGUCAAGUGGGACAACCAUAUUGACGUGGCUAAGAUGAUGGCUCUCCUGCAGUCCUGGCGACCAAUAGAACUCCAGCAUGCUCUGGCUCUACUGGACUUCCAUUACACAGACACCAAUGUUCGGGAGUUUGCCUGCAAAUGCUUGGAGGAGCUCAGUGAUGAUGAUCUGUCUCAAUAUAUGCUACAACUAGUCCAGGCCCUGAGAUUCGAGUCACAUCUCAUGUGUCCACUCGGUAAAUUCCUGCUGUCUCGAGCUCUUGAAAACCAACAUCUAGGACAUCAUCUUUACUGGCUUCUUAAAUCUGAAAUGCAUGAAACGACGGUGACAGUUCGCUACGGUCUGAUGUUAGAGGCCUACCUCAAGUCUUCCCAGGACCACCUUAUGAUACUCAGCAAACAACAGGAUAUUCUAGUCAAACUCUGCGCUUUCAGUGAAAUUGCCAAAAACUCUAGUAAAAAAAUGCAGAAAGUCAAAGAGGAUGUGAAGAAGCUGAUGCAUCAGAAGGUGGACAUUUUGUCUGGACUAUACAGUCCCCUUACUCCUCAGCUCUCUCUCAAAGAUCUACUAGUUGACAAGUGUAAGAUAAUGGACUCCAAAAAGAGACCCUUGUUAAUGGAGUGGACAAAUGCAGACCCCAAGGGACCAAAUGUUCUUAUCAUGUACAAAAACGGUGAUGAUCUUCGACAAGAUAUGCUGACUCUGCAGAUUUUAAAGAUCAUGGAUAAUAUAUGGAAAAAUGAAGGCCAUGAUCUCAGGAUGAAUCCUUAUGGCUGUAUUGCCACAGGGAGGGAGGAAGGGAUGAUAGAAAUUGUGACACCCUCAAUGACCAUCUCCAAAAUUCAGAAGUGGUACAACAAGGGAGCAUUUGCGAAAGAGGCCCUGUAUGAAUGGCUCAAAUUCAAAAAUCCCAAGGAGGAAAGUCUGUCUCAGGCGGUGGAUGAGUUUACUUAUUCGUGUGCUGGGUAUGCAGUAGCCACGUACAUCCUGGGUAUUGGUGAUCGACACAAUGACAACAUCAUGAUGAAGGAAUCGGGACAGCUUUUCCACAUAGACUUUGGUCAUUUUCUUGGCAACUUCAAAUCCAAGUUGAAUAUUAAGAGGGAGCGGGUGCCGUUCAUUCUGACCUCGCAUUUUGAGUACGUUAUUAGGAGAGGAGAAAGAGACAAGGAGAAUUUUGACAGGUUUCAGCAAGUGUGUGAGCGAGCUUACAUGAUCAUCAGAUCCCAAGGAGCUCUUCUGAUACGGCUCUUCAUGAUGAUGUUGUCAGCCGGAAUACCACAGCUGACCAAUGUUAGUGACGUCAGUUAUCUCAAAGAAACCCUGGCACUAGACCUAGGUGAGGAUGAGGCCAGAAAGAAGUUUACUGACAAGUUUAAAGAAGCCAAAAACAAAAGCUGGUCAACUAGUGUCAACUGGGCAAUCCAUAACAUGGCACAUAAGUGAAGACUUCAUUAUUCAAUUGGAAAAGGAACUGGCAAAAGUUCUGUUCAUUGUAGCUAUGGUGCUAGAUUGACAAUGUUCAGGGAUACUGUGUUUUGCACUAAAAAGUGUGCAUGGGGAAAUGAACAAACUUUUGCCACAAAAUUUCAUUUUCAUAUUUCUCAGAAAUUUUCCCAGAUGAAUUGUGGAAUAGCAGUGACUGUAAUGCUGAAGAUUAGACAAAGCCUCCUGUGUGUUCUGUGUUCAGAAACACUGGUAAUUAAAGCCAGUGUCUACCAAAAUAUAGUCAACAAACUACAAUUUUGUAUCUAAAAAUCUUUAAAAGAACAAAGCAGAAUAAUAGAUUAACUUUAGCAGAAAAUUUCUUGCAAUUCUUCUGCACCUUUGACUUCUAAAUAUAGCAUAUACCUGAGAAAAACAUGCAGAAUGCAAAAUAUUGCAGUUGUUGACCUUGAUGACAUUGCACUUAUCCUACAUGUAUUUCAAAGUUAUUGUGUAAUAUAAGUUUGUUUUCUUAACAGAUAUAUUGAAAAAUUAGAGCAUAAGAAUGCAACAUAACUGUACAUAUUUGAGAUUAUUACAUCUGCUCUUCCUCCAGGUCUGUGUCAGUGUCACACCUUCUGUAUUUAGACACCCUACUGUAACUUGUAGAUCUAUUUUUUGAUAUUUACAUUUUCAAUGGUUUUGCCUUUGAUAUAUCUCUACAAAUUGUAAUGAUAGCCAUUUCCUUGGAAUUGCCAAUGACCCAUUUAUAAGUCGAUCUUACUUUUUUCAAGAAUCGGUUGACAAUUUCGAAUCCAUGCUCUAAUGUUUUUACCUGUGUUUGAAAUGAUAAUUUGAGAAAUGCGCCGAUAUUUGAUAUUUUUUCUCAACAAAUCAAUUUCAUGUCAAUACUUUUAUGUGUGAUUCUGAGAUAUGACAUCGAUAUUUCACUUUUUAUUCUCAACAAAUGAAACAGUUACUAUUUUGUUUAUUUUGUCCAUGUUUUUGUUGUUUAAAAAAUAUUAGGCUAUACAUUACACCAUCCAGAAAAAUAGGAAUCUUCUUAGGACACUCCUAGAAGUCGGACAUUUUUUGGACCAAAAUUUAACUCCAAAAAAUCUGACUUAUAGGUGAGUAUAUACGGUAAAUAUAGGACAUCUAUUUUUAUGAUUGGGAAUUGCAACAGAUAUUAUACAAUUAUGGACUGUUUAGCAGGGAGACAUCACAAAUUAUCGGGUCUUAAUAGGGUUAUCACCCAAGGGUGCCUAUGCGCCCGAGGUUGAUAACCCAACUCGGACCUGAUAAUUUGUGAUGUCUCCCUGCUAAACAGUCUAUAAUAGUUUUAUUAUCCUAAAGAAUCUGAACGGUAAAAGAAAACUAUCACACAUUUAUUGACUUGUACCAUACUGGUACUUUUUCUUCUUUUUUAUCUAAAACGUCAACAAAUUCAUAACAACUUUCUCUGCAGAAAAUUCUUAUAACUUUUCAAUGGUUUUCGAGUGGUGAAACCAAUGUUACCCUCAACUACAUUUGUACAUGCACUGUUUUGUUUUACGCUCAAUGUGACUGUCAUACAUUUAUUAGAUGUAAAGCAAAACACUGAGGUUAGAGAAAGUUAAACAAGAGAAAGCUUUCAAUUGUGAUGUCACAGUAGAAUGAUGCAAAAACAUAACGCCAAACAUAAACAUUUCGUAACGUAUUUCAAAACAAAAACGUAUACAUCAAGUGAAAUGAAAAAUUGCAUUCGAAUAGGAAUAUUUUUCUUCUCAGUUGUUAUUUGUGACUGUUACUGUUAACACUGAAGUUAUUGAUUAACGAUCACCAUUAAAAAGAGCUUUCUCGCUUGUGCCAUUAAAAUUUAUCUUCUAAAGGGAGACAACACAGUUGUCACCCUGCAUGUGAGGGAGACACCACGAAUUGUCUCCCUCUACGUGACCAGCCCUCGACCAAGGAAAUUGACUGUAUUAUUCUGAAGGAUAAUAAUAAAGUAUAAUGUAGUUUAAUGUAAGAAAUAAAAUUUCAUUUUUGAAAAUGUACAAGGGUAUGAACUGCAAUGUUUCAUGCCAGCAUACCAACGUGCUACUUGAAGUAUGUGGGUGUGAAGUGUCACAGCUCUUAACACUACCAUUAACCUUCUCCACCCAUACCUCUGUGCCUUUGUCAUAUCUUUUACACUCGCUCUGAAUUACACUUACUGUAUAUUGUAUGUUUAACACUCGGUGGUUCCUUUGUUUAUGACAAGUAUCUCUAGAAUUUUUUGAAAUCUGUUUGGAUGUGAAGAAAUCCUUUUCUUUUGUUUAUAAUAAUUUGUAUACUUCAGUAUACCAUUUUUAGCUUUGGAAAGGUUGAACGAUACUCAGUAAGCAUCUAUAGGCCUCAUAUAUACUUUUGUCUUCUCAAUUUUCAUCAAAUUUCUACUGUAUUUAUUGAAUGUUGAAUAUAUUUUUUUCAUUUAUUCUAUGCAGGAAACUUUGAAGACAACAUUGCAGCAAUUUUUAAUAUUUCUUUCUUAUUAAUUACCAACAUCUUCACACUUGAUUAAUUUUGCAUGAUAUACUUUUUGUUAUUAAAUUGCAUAUAUUAAUUUUUGAAAUCUUGUUUCAUAUGCCAAAGACUGCAUAUAUUUAAAAGCUUGAUCACUACAUGGUGUGGGUGCAAGUAGAAUUAGCAUAAUUCAUCAUACGUAAUUAUUUUUCAUUCACCAUGAGGAACAAAAACACUUUAUUUCAAGAGAUAAUUCAAUAUGCAAGUGUGUAACCAUUAUUGUGAAUAUUGAAUUACCUUCGUAAUGGAGGGUUUUCAUUCCUCGCGAAAAUUGAAACAGAAAAUUAAUUUGGUAUAACGAAUUAAGCUUUUAAUGAGUAAACAUUAACUGACCAAGGUUUGCACUUUAAACUUAUUUUAAUACUUUAUAUGUGUACUAACUAUUCACUGUUCUUUUUGAAAAUUAUAAAUUUGAUACGCAAAUGAUUUUACAUGGUGCUGUUCAUUUCAUUGAUCUCAUUUCCAUUCUUAUAUUACAUGUAUCUGUCUGUAAACAUUCCACUUUCAGAAAAAAACGUAGAUUUAUUAUUUGUAUUAAUGUUCAUAUUACAUAUUCAUACAUGGUAUUAGAUUUCAUUUAAUGCUCAACAAUGCUUAUAUACUUGUAUUGACUUUAUAAAGAAUGGAUUGUUAAGAUAACAUGUUAUGGCAGUCUGCUUUGUUAAUACAAUUUUGUCACAACAUUCCUCUGCAUUGUUGAAGUCAUAAUACACAAUAUGUUGAAACAAAAAUAAAUUAUUAAUACAAA